ACUUCAGAAGGUUGCGAAGUUUGUUUUUGUUUGUUACUUUGGUCAAGUUUCUCGCCUGUUUUAAUCAGGCUACUUGAAGUCUUGUGUUAAAUUAUAGUAUGUUGCUGAAUGCUCUUAAACAAUAGCUAUGUUCUGUAGCAUUGCUGGCUGUUUUUAUUAUAGAAUGAAAUCAUUCUUGCUUCUCCUUAUGUGCAUUUACAUUUCUGCAAUGUUCACAUUUCACCUCUGAGAAAGGAAAAAGUUGUGCGGAUGUGAUAGCAAUUAAAACUUCAUUAUAUUGGUAAAUAUGUGCUGGAACAACGAAUUGAUUUAAUUAUGAAAUAGAUACUUGCUUGGAAAUUCUGGCCCCGGGCACAGAAAGAAGCUGACUAUGAGGGCUUUGAGCUCUCAGGUGAGUCAAAAGUCGUAUGACGCAAGGCAUGCACACAUAUAUAUACACAGGUCAAGUGACUGCUUCUUUUAGUCUGCUGGUGUGAGAGGACUUGUUUUUUUGUCCAGGAUUAAACAGACCUUCUGUAUUCUUUUUAUAUAUAUUUUUUUUCUUUUUCGUAACGGGCAUAGUGGGAUUUUUGCUUUAGCUGCAAUUUUUUACCCUCUCUUUCGUGCUUUGAAGAGAAAGAAAUACAAAAAGUUUCUCCCUGCGGAUGGACAGUUCUGUAAAGAUAGCUGCCUCUGAAAGGCUGCCUGAGAAUGUGGUGUCCGCGGAUAGAGUUUCUCCCUCUGGCUUUGAAAGCAUUGUUCUUGCAGAAGAGGAUCUGAACGGCAAGCUGAUGAACCAAGAGAUACGUAUCCAUAGCUGGCCUUGUUCUUAUUACUUGGACACCAGCAAACAAUGGGUCUCUGGCAGACUCUCACUGACUCCUCUUGCUAUCAAAUUUACAGCUGACAAAACUGGUGAGCUUUUGGUCAACUUCCAUCUUUCUGGUAUCAGUGAGAUCAAGAAAGAAUCUUCAAAUUUAAUCUUUAGCUCCCUCACCAUCUUAGAGAAGAAUACCAAGCACUGGUUCAGUUCUCUCCAACCGAACAGAAAUGUGGUGUUCAACAUCCUUGAGCAUUUCUGGAGGGAGCAGUUACUGUCAAACCAAGGCGCGGGAGCAGAAGCUGGGGCUCUGCAGUCAACAAAAGGGAAGGAACUGACUGGCUUAUUGGCAGGUUCACAGAAACGGCUGGAGGACACGGCAAAAGUGCUGCAUUACCAGGGCGAGCAGUUUGAUAACAUCAUGAGAGGACUGAACAAAAUCGAAGGCGAUAUGGAUGUAGCAGACAGGUUGUUGACUGAACUCGAAUCUCCUUCUUGGUGGCCAUUUAGCAGCAAGCUCUGGAAAGCGCCUUUGGAAGCCAAGCCAAAGGAAACUGCCACAGUUUCCGAUUCAAAGAACCAGGAAGGAAUCAUAAUUAGAAUUCCAGUUAUUAUCACCCACAGAACAGACUCAAAUGUCAAGCCAGGAAAACUCACGCUCCUCGCUUCUGGCCUGGAAAUCAGUGACUGCAAUUCUCAGGUCAUUCACCGGUUUGAAUCAAAAGAUGUAGAUGAUAUCAGAGUUCAUACGCCAUAUGAAAUUAGUGUUCGCCAGAGAUUUAUUGGUAAGCCCGACACCUCUUACCGGCUGUUGUCAGCGAAGAUGCCGGAAGCAAUCCCGAUCCUGGAGAUGCAGUUCAGCAAGAAGAUACAGUUUUUAGAAGAUGCCCUGGGAUUUGUUGGUGCCAGGGAGUCUCCUCAGGUAGAUCUGGGCACCUCCAUUUGGCAAGCAGCCACAGGACUCCUGGGAGGUGUGGUGCAGCCCAGCUCUCCGGUGGGAGGAGGAGAAGGGAUGGACAAUGAGCAGGUUCAGCUGCAGAGUCAAGAAAAGAUCUCCGAGUUGGAAACAAAAGAGCUGAAACAGAGCUGGAAGCACUGAGCAGUCUGGAAUCGCGACUGGGUGCCUAAGUAAAAGACCUCGCCAGGACUUCAUGGAGGGACGGUUAAGUUAAAAACGUAGAGUUGGUGGUGGUGUGAGCUGUGCUCCUUAGCUGUGCUACGGAGAUGGAGAGGAGAACGAAGCCCAUGCAGUUCCUGUGGUCUCUGGCUGAGCAUCUGCCUACUGCCUCGCUAUGGCCAACAUAAUGUCACCGGGUGUGGGAGGGGAUAUGAUAAUACAGUAUUAGCUUAAGGGCUGUGGUUGAGGAGGAGGAGUUCUCUUCACUGGUUUUGAAUUUAUUUUGCCAAACCAGUGCUUUCUAACUUUGCCUCUGCUAAACCUCCCCUGCCAAAGAGCUGUUGCCCUGAUAUUUAUUGAGUCUGCGGAUUGUGUGUGCCAUAAAGAUGGAGAUGGUAUAUAAGGAAGCCAAUUCCUUAACAUUUGAGAAAACGCACAUGUCUAAUAUCUUUGUGAUGUUUCCUUGAUGUCUCUUCCAUUCUUAAUGGUUCCAUUUCAGUCCCUCGCUAUAUUCACAGUCUCUGCAGUGUUUAUUUACCCUUUUAUCAUGCCCUCAUCUCGGGAAAGCAUAACUGUUGGGUUAGAGAAAAAGCGUUUUGUUGAGGAACUGUUCAUUCCAAGUGCUAAAUACCAGAUUUGCUCAUAGGGUGGCCAUGUGCCAUGGCCAAUAGCAAGUGACAGACAAGUAAUCUUAACAGACACAUGUAAUAAUUGUGCCCUGAAUUUGUGUUGUUUCUUGUUUUGAAGGCAGAAUCUGGGGAGAGAGCUGAGGUCCUCACAAUUAAUGGUUUAUAUUUGCUUGUGUGUAACUUAAAGAUUUAAUGGUACCAAAAUAAAAAAAAAAAAAGCUGUAGUUAAGCCUGUGAGACUGCUUGGGUGUUUUUUCCAGGCAAGACCAGUGAGUAGACUUUUCCCCAGUACUGGGAGUGCUUGGUACAUCCUGAGAAAGUAAAUAAAAUCAGACUUCUGUAUUAAUCCAAGAAGAAAUAAUGAGAGAAUCAGCCACUAAGAAUAAGAUGAUAAUAUAGCUGAUGGCUGCAAUCCAAACCUAUCCAAACAGCAAGCAUGGUAAAGCAAUGUAAAUGCAUAUCUUUUUGCUAUGGCAAGUUGCAUAUGACUUUUUUCUUACUCCUGUCAUGUAUGGCUUUGACAAACACCCUCUAGUAAAUUGUGCUGUGGUGGUUUGAGAUGUUGCUGCUCCCAGCUGUCUCCCUGCCUCUCUCCAGAUGCAGCAGAUGUGAUGUGGGCCAGCCCCUUAAUUGCUUCAGUGCAAAGUCGCUCAAAUUAAAUAAUCCCUAAGUGUGGGCUUGAUUUCACAAUGGGACUGUGAAGUAUGUAAGUAUGUGUAUAUAUGAAGUAUAAUACUUGGAGUAUUUUAGGUGUGGCCCCCUGUCCUAGCUCUUCUGCAGUAUGUUAAGCACAGAGGUGGAACAGUGUGUUAAAUCAUCACAGUUAACUCUCUCAAAACCCUUGUUCACACCACAGUUCAUAGCACUGCAAAUGAUAGUUUUUUACUUCUCACUAACAGGUGAAUUUGACUGAGGAAAUCUCAUCCAAGAGCCAUUUCCAGUUAUGGGUUCAACGUGCUCUGCUCUAGCAUUCAGGCCUCAUCGCAGUUGCUCAGGGAUAACGGAGUAGAUUAAGCGAGGAUUUCAGGGAGUUCAAACUGGUGAACUUUCUUGUACUCCAGCACUUUCUUUAUCUUUCACUGCUGGAUACUCAGUGUACUGAGAUGGUAUUUCACAAGCUUUAGCUAAACUACGUGAUUAUGGUGCCAUCUCAGGACUUGAACUCAGAUCUCCACUGUGAGUCCUUUAGGAUACAGACAAUCUUUGUAGUGGGCCUCACGCUUUGCUUUUAGACCUUUAGGUGAUGUGGCAAUAUCGUAAAUAAUUGCAUUAACUACUGAGCAGGUUCAUGGACUUGGUUCAUCUCCCAUCACUCUAGUGGUCUGCGUUGUGCAUGUCUCCAGCUAAGCUAGUCACCUGGGCUCCCACUGCAGCUGGAGAAGAGAGAAGUGGGCAGUGCUUUAACUCCUCAAGUAGAUAUAAAAAUUGAGCAGAUGAAUCAUGGCCUAAAUUGCACUGCAUUGUGCACUGUACUAGAUCCCCAUAGACUAAACAAGCACCUAAGAUCUCUAGCUGGGAUGGAAGCCUCUGCUCAUGGCAAGGCCCAGGUCGGCUAUGAUUGAACACUUUAUGCAGGGAACAUUUGGAGGGGAGUAGCAAAUUUACAUCCCUCCCCAAAGUGAGAACUUUGCCAGGGAAGAUUAAGCAACUUGCCUAAAGUCGCACAGAAAGUCCAUGGCAAAGCCAGGGGACUAAAUCAGACUUUCCAAAUUAUAAUCCUGUGGCCUAAAUCUGAGGCUGUUCAAGUCGCUCUUGAUGUGAGGAUGACCAGUGCCUGAGGGAAAUGUGCCUUUAAAACUUCUUUGAUGGAAUCAUAUCUGCUGUUUGGCUUCGUGUUACAAAUAGAAAAGAGUUUCACACUGAGUUUUCAUGUCUUGAUUGACAACCCAAAUUAUGGCGCAGAAGGCAGCGCUUAUCUUAGCAACUGGCAGAACUACAGUGCUGAUAACUAGACAUCUUGCCAUCAUCUUGCUUUGCAAAAAUUGUGACCAGGCUUGGCCAGACUUCGUAGUCCAGUACUUGAUCCAGCAAGCUCUGGAGUCUUUGCUAGAACCAGCACCUUAACCAUUUUGGGUCCCACGAGCUAGGCAGUAGCUCUCAGCUUGAGUGCUUGAAGCUGCUAACAGACAAAGGGUUAAGGGAUUUAUUACCAGACUCUUUUAGGCAAAGAAUUAACAGAUGAAAGUGAGCCACUUGCUUUUCUUUUCUUUUCUUGUUUUCUUUUUCUUUUUGGUAUGAGUGACCACAUCAUCAUCGCCCACAGUGUUUCAAGUCAGAGCCUAAUUGGCAGGUAAACCGAGCAGAGCCCUGUAGUUGACUAUAUUUCCAUUUUACUGCUUUCAUACUUUAAAAGCUUUUUUGUUCUCAACAAUUGUGUCUUUUUGUGUGUUUUAAAUGUUAGUAUGCUUUAAUGAAUGUGAAACCUAUCAAAAGUAAUUUGGUUUAAAACUAAAAAUAAAAUGUUUCUGAUGGCAAAUAUGGGCAUUUUGGGCCACAGUUUUAAUUUAUGAAUAAAGUCGUUGCCUCUUUGAGAGAUCGGGGGUGGUGAGUGUCCCUAGUUCCUUUUUGUAUCCUCUCGUGCCACCUCCUGCAUUUGCUGCGUAGGUGUAUUCGAGGUUGGCACUAUGUGUAACCGUGUUUACCUCCUGAACUCACCUCGGCAGAUUUCACAAAUUAAGUUGGGUUGGGUGAGGAGGUAACUCAGGAAUGAAGAAGUUGACACGCUGCUAACAGUGCUUGAGGAGAGAUCUCCAAAAGUGUGCCUUGCGGCAGCAGAUGAUGGAGAACCUGGCUGGAUAGAGGAACUCUUCUGGAGCGUCCAUCAAGCCAGUGACAGCAGACGCUGCUGCUUUUGUUCUGCUGUUCUGAGAAAAAAAAUCUGAAUGCUCUUAGAUAAAAUGCUUGGUAAAUUUGCUGAAAAAAUGCCUUCAGGGGUCUUCUUUAAACCAUCUGCAAAUGGUGAUUAUACAUAUAUAUAAAUAUGUGUGUGUGUAUUUUUUGUGUGUAUAUAUACAUAUACAUACAUACAUAUAUAUAUACAUGCCUAAAUGGCUUUCAUUGAGGGGGGAGGGCAGAAUAGGGGGAAAGUAUCCCAAAACUUCUAGGAAAAUUUCCCAUAUGCUAGUCCUUCUGUGGGGUAGGUGGCAGGGGCGAGCUUGGACCCAGAACUCUGUCCAUGCAGCACGUACCUCUCACUGCCAUCCUUUAGGAGAUGCUGAAGCAGUGAGGUCUCACUUCUGUUAAAUUAGUGUAAGGAAUAAAGUGUCUACUGGAGCAGAGACUGAAACCUAGUAAUCUUUUCUUUCAGCUGACCUUUGAAGCUGGCCAUGCUGUUAGUUGGGGGGAGUGGACCAGAUGACCUCCAGAGGUGUCUUCCAAUCUUAAUUAUGCUAUAAUUUUUAUUAAUGCAAGUCUACGUUCAGUGUUGCUUGGUAGAAUUCAUUCCACAUAGUAGCGACCACUUUAUUUUAUAUAUCUAUAUGUCUAUAUAUAUAUAUAUAUAUAUAUUUAUAUAAGUGGAGGAAGCUCAAAGGAAGGACUGAGGGAGAGACACCUCUGAACUUCCCAUAUCCAAGUAGUCAAGACAUUCCCGUGAGAGAGCCAAGACCUUAUUUCAUAUCCCUGUCCUGAAUCACACUAAACAAAUUUGAUCGCGUCAUUUGCCUUUUUAGUGCAUAUCCUAAACAUGUCUACCACCUCCGGUUUGGGGAAUUCAGCCUCACUUUCCUGUUAGACUGCAAGAACCUAAAGUGUUUCACUUGGGAUAGAAACAGAAUUUUCUCAGCUUGUAGUUUUGGUAAGAACAGAAAAAGGUAGAUUAGUCUUGAUCUGUGGUUUGUUGUGUGUUUUUGCUUUGGCAGUCAAAUUGCAAAAACAGUUAUUCACACAGCCACGUUUCUCGCUGCUUGUGAUUUAUGGAAGGAGCUUGGCGAUAUUUUAUAUGAUAAAUCUUACUGCUGUGGCUAAUGUCCAGCUUGAGUUGAUGCAUUUUGUCUGUAUAAAAUUCCCCUGCUGUUCCAGUUAGAUAUGAUACUGCUCACUGCUUUUCUCAAACCAGUGACUUUUGUAACUGCAAACUGUUGAAUUGCUAUGGAAUUCAGCCCCAGAUGUGGAAAAACUGCUGGUGUUUGAUAGCAGCUUUCUGAGAGCUUAUUAUGUAUGUUCUAAAACAACAACAGAAAAAAGAGGGUUUGAGGUGCCAGCUGUUACGCAAAAAAACCUUAGACCAAGGAAUAGAGUACAGCUCCUUUCCCUUACUUUAUCAAAAAGCCACAGAUGUAUUGUGUUAAAUAGGUUGCAGUACUGGUACCUUUAGUAGUAUUACCUAGAUGCUAAUUACUAAAUUACGACCUAGGUAAUAUAGUAGUAUUACCUAGUACCACCACAGUUGAUGUCAUGGACCAGUAGUGGUAGAAUAAUUUGUUUUCUGGGAGAUUACUAUUACAAUUGAUUGGUUAAGCUCCUCUUAUGAGCCAGGCAGUGUGCUAUCAUCGUGAAUCCUUCCAUGGAUGUCUAAGGAAGGAGAACGUGUAGGCCAGCGGUGACAGGAGAGGAGACCCCUUUCUAAUGCGAAGGAAUUGAGAAGCCACAUAUCUCAAUCCAGAUGAUGUGAUGUAGGUCUGUCUUCCAAAUCUCCCAUUGAUGUGUCUGAGGAAAGACAGCUGAGUCUUGUCAAGUCAGCUGUGCUGGUCAUGUGGUUUCACUUCACACUAACAGACUUAUUAAGGGAGUAACCACAAGGGGGAAGAAAAGGCAAUAAUAUAAAAAAGAGCCAACCUUACAGCGUAAGGACUUAAGGUGAAUUUCUCUUGUGCUGUUUGGAUCUCUGUUCUUGGAAUCUGUUGUGCGAACUGAUGAAAAUCAGAAGUUGAAAAGGCAUAAAGGUAGGUGUAGGUGAUGGUAAUGGAUGACUCUUGGCCUUAAGAAUUUGACAACUAAGCUUUCUCACUCUCACUGAACAGGCUUCUGCCCUAUUUGGACUACUGUUUAUAGGGUUUUUCAGACAAAGUGUCCUAUAGCAAUCAUAGAGUAACUCUGGAUAUUUGCUUACAAUCACACAUAUGAACAGUAAUUUGUGAAGUGCUGUGUAAAUUGGCUGAUUAGCAGUAUAAUGCUCGUAGCCUGGAACAGAGCUGUAGCCAGUGCAUGUGUUGUUUCUCAUCAGAGGUACAGCUUGAGUCGCUUUGGCCACCUUGGCAUGCAUUCAUACUGCACCACCCCUCUAGUCCCUUGAAAAUGCUUUUGCUUAGUUGCCUAAGUCUUGCUUAUUCCCUUCUGCUCCACCCUGUGUCACUUCCUUCUCCAGCAGAUUUUAAUGAAACAUCUUACCCUGUUCUUUGACCUGAUCCCCACUUAACCUUUAGCCAGAAUCCUUUCUGGUUUUGCAGCAGCGGUGUUUGCUACCCACGCUGGCUCUCGGGAUGUGUAGUACCUCAGGACAAAGCACUUCUCCGAGAUGCAGACCUACCAAGGAGAUAAUAACAGAGCCAACAAAAAGUUGAAUUUACAUUGAUUUUUACUUCUGAUUUUCUUUUCCUAGCAUUUCAGACUUGAUUCUUCUGUUCUUUAGUCCAAUUCAUCGUCGCACAUCUCACUUCAGUUUAUCAGCACAAGAAUUGCAUCUUUUUUUUUUCCUAAGCUGUUGCCAGCACGGUUUGGGGCAUGAGUUCAACAAAUGAGAUGGCCAUUUAAAGCAAAGAGUUAGCAUGUCUGUAGCACUUCUCGAAAAGCAGUCUGAUCGUUCACUGAAAGCUCUCAGUCUUUUCUUC